UAGCAUCCAAAGCUAGCGGACUGGUUGGGGGAACACACGGUGUGGAGGAAGGCGUCCUGCGCACUGUAGGCAGAGAUAUAUCAGCGACUUCAAAUAUCCCCAGCUAAUCCUUGAGCUAACCAUUAUCCCUCCAUGCUGUCCGAGGGAGGAAGAUAACAGUAAUAACCCUGCACUGCCACCUGAAUUAGCCACCGUGCGAGACUGAUAAGGGAAACUGCGUUUUGCGUGAGGAGUCAACCUUUCAAGCAGAAUCAGUUUUCUGUUUGGAAUAUUAGGAAUAUAGCUGCAACCUCGACCAACGUGACUUAUUGUUUGUGAGAAUGAGGUUACCGAGUAACAGACAUUGUGCGAUGGAAGGAGACGGAAAGAAGAUGGACCAAGCUCCUCCGUUCAGAAACCCUUUUGUGCACGUCUUGAAAUUCACCCCUCUGGAAAAGGCAAAGAUUGCAUUAAUGACAGUCACACUGUUCCCCAUCCGUCUACUCAUGGCUGCAUUCAUGAUGCUGCUGGCUUGGCCUUUUGCCUUCCUGGCCUCAGUCGGGCGCUCGGAGACCACCGUCGAACCCCAGUGCCUCUGGAGGAGACUGGUGGACAUAAUCCUGAAGACCAUCAUGCGGGUCAUGUGGUUUGCGGGCGGUUUCCAUUGGAUGACUGUGAAAGGGCGAAGGGCAUUGCCUGCAGAAGCACCCAUCCUCACCCUGGCACCCCACUCGUCUUACUUUGAUGCCAUCCCUGUCACAAUGACAAUGGCCUCAAUUGUCAUGAAGGCCGAGAGCAAGGAUAUACCUCUCUGGGGCACUUUGAUUAAGUACAUCAGGCCGGUGUUUGUAUCACGGUCAGACCAGGACUCCAGAAAGAAGACCGUGGAGGAGAUCAAACGCAGAGCCCACUCUGGAGGGGAAUGGCCUCAGAUAAUGAUUUUUCCAGAGGGAACAUGCACCAAUAGAUCCUGCCUAAUCACCUUUAAGCCAGGGGCCUUCAUCCCAGCUGUGCCAGUGCAGCCUGUUGUGAUUCGUUACCCAAAUAAACUGGACUCAAUUACAUGGACGUGGCAAGGGCCUGGAGCGUUUAAAAUCUUGUGGCUGACACUUUGCCAGUUACAUAACGAGUUUGUGGUCGAGUUCCUUCCCAUCUACACACCCUCAGAGGAGGAGAAAAAGAACCCUGCUCUCUUUGCUAUUAACGUGAGACGUGUCAUGGCUAAAGCCCUUGGGGUACCCAUCACAGACUAUUCAUUUGAAGACUGCCAGCUGGCCAUGGCAGAAGGCCAGCUGAGACUGCCAGUCGACACCUGUCUGCUGGAGUUUGCCAAGCUCGUCAGGAGACUGGGGCUGAAACCCAAGAACACAGAGAAGGUUCUGCAGGAGUACGGGAACAGAGCCAGGAAGCUGGAAGGUCAGAAGCUGGACUUGGACGACUUUGCUCAGUUCCUCGACGUGCCAGUUUCAGAGAUGCUGCGAGACAUGUUCGCUCUUUUUGACGAGCAUGAAGAUAACUGCAUGGAUAUCAGAGAAUACGUUAUAGCCUUAUCUGUCGUAUGCAGACCUGCCAAAACUCUGGAAACGAUGAAAUUGGCCUUCAAGAUGUUUGAGGCAGAGGAAGACGGUGCCAUCACAGAGAUGGAGUUGGCAGUUAUAUUGAAGACAGCUUUAGGAGUGACUCACCUCAGUGUGUCACGUCUGUUCACCGCCAUUGAUCCUGAAGACACCGGGAAGAUCACAUUUGAUAAGUUCAGAUGCUUCAUGGAGCAGCACCCAGACUUUGCUGAGGACUACUUGUACGCAGAAAACGCAGGUCUCCACAGCAGCCCCUGCCACGCUCACCAAACAAAGCCCAGCCUGUCUUCCCGGAACCUGCACGGCACUGCCACCACCAAAACAGCUAACGGUAUCUGCCCUGACUUCAGCCCCAAAGACCACGACGGCACAAUAGAUGGACUCUUCAAGAAACACAAUUAAAUAGGUUUAGAAAUGUAGUGGGAGAAAAGUAGCACCUCUCCUGGUGAGAGGGCGUUGUGUGGUAGGCAAAGGGUAGCUGUUCGUUAAUAACUUGUUUGGACAGUAAGGGACUACAUUUCAGUAACCACAACGACUACGAAAAUGAAGUUUACCUUACCCUUUUUUAUUAGUAUUGUGUCCAUGAAAAUUCUGAGGUUAUUUUCAGCCUGGUAAGUUUAUUUUGUUAUAAAUUCCUUUUUUUUUGGUUUCAUUUUUUUUUUCAUAGCAAGGAUCGUCAAAAUGCCAAAACAAUGGCUGCUUCAGAUACAAUGCUUGAAUACUUGAAGGGCAAGCACUUAUAAGAAUUCCUGGGGCAAUUUUUUCUUUUCUUUUUUUAUGUUUUGACUUUUCCCUCCAACAUAGUGCUAACUGUGCAUGUUUUUAACAUGAGGGAAGCAAGAGAAAACAAAAGCCCUGGACAGUGAAGUGAACUAAUCUUUAGUGAAAUCAGUGUUGGAUUCUCUUUUUAUUUUGUAACUUUUACCUGUUUCCUCUCUUUAAUGGUAGCUGCCUUUUUAACUGAAAGUGCAGAAUGCAUGGGCUCAUGUUAUUUUGAGCAGUAUUGAGGAUUAUUUAUCUAAAGAAGGGAGGCCUGAGGGGACCAGUGACAAUUGUGUGACUACAGUAGACACAUUUGAGGUGAACUCGGGUCUCUGUGAGUUGACGGUCAUAAUUGCUAUGAGCCUGUUACAUAUACAGUGAUAUAUUUGAUUUAGCUCAGGGUUCAGUGACAAAAAUGAAAAAUUUAACUCGUAUGAUGUCAUCAUUUUUGACGCUCACUGGGUGAUGUGCAUGUCUUGUUUUCUUACGACAUCAGUACUCUUCUGCCCAGUCAUUCCUCAUUCACAUUAACUUCACAGAUUUCUUUCAGGUUGGCAAAUUCAAGUGUCUUUUUUUAUUGUUGAAAUUACACAACGUGGACCAAAAAUGCAUUUGGUGAUUUAAUGUCACCUGUCAUGUUUGUACUGUCUGUUUUCAGUCAAUGGUGUAAUGGCUGUAAGGGGGGGGGGGGGUUCACAAUGUGUGGCCAGUGAAAGCACAUUCAAUUAGGUGGCUUUGUUUGGUACUCUAAAGGCGAGGUCAUACUACUUCCCUUUCUGUCUUACACUGCUACAUUUGUAUUCAUUCCUACCAUUUUCACAGCAUAUCCUCAGUCUGUCAGGUGUGAAACAAUCUAACAAUUAAGCAGUGGCCCCUUAGUCACCUGUUUUUAUCCACUAUUCCUCAUGUUUUAAAAAAAAAAAAAAAAAGACUCAAGCACCUUUGUGUCCAAACACAGUCGAGGGACCAGUCUGGGAUUGGUAGAGAUCCACCUGUGAUAUUUAUUCCUUGUUUAUAUUCUCAAAUAGUGGAAAUAUUCUCAUUGGCACACACACAUUUGUCACUGAAUGUGAUUAAGUUCUAUGGCAUCUACGGCCACACAGUGUGUCUAUAACAGGGUUCAGACAAGGUCCUGAAAGUUUAGAAAGUGCUUGAUUUUUACUUAUGUUUUCAAGGUUAGGAAUAGGCUUGAAUUGGAAUAUACUCCUUGAAAAAAAAGCUUACUUUUAAUAUAAUCUGGUGUUUAAUCUUAACAAUCACUCAUGUGAAACCCAAAAUCUUUUAUUUUUGUCUCUGUUGUCAUAGUGUGUGAACUAUAACUUGACUUUCAGGGAGUUCACAUUUUUGUGACGUUAAAGGCUUUGAGAAUCUGAAAAUCUUAGUUAUUUUGAAAGUGCUUGAAAAGUGCUUGAAUGUUACUCUUAAAAAGCUGUACGAACUCUGUUAUAAUCACAGGAUGGGUGGACCUUUGAUUUAUUGUUGCUACUUAAAGGAGCAGUGUGUAGGAUUAGGGGGGGCUCUAUUGGCAGAAACUGAAUAUAAUCAUGUUUUUAUUCGCUUAUAAUCAACUGAAAGUCAGACUUAUAUCUACAUACAGAGUGGGUCCUUUCCUGAGGAGCCCCUCAUGCUGCACAGCAUUGAUUCUACAGUAGCCCAGAACAAACAAGCCAAACACAGACUCUAGAGAGGGUCUUUUUGUUUUUGUGCCACUUUAGGUUCUCCUACAUGCUUGGAAAGGAUGGCAUUUAAUCCUACACACUGGUCCUUUAAAGCUUACACAUUUUAUCUCAAAUCGAGCAUAGAAGAGCUCUUUAUUAGCUUUUAGUGGUUUUUAAAUUAUUAAUAUUUUAGGUCACUUGUACCUUGAAUAAUACUGAUAUUAAGUUUAAAAGAAAAACUCAAAUUACAAUCAACUUCUGGAUGUAUUUGCAAAUAUUUCCCACAUAAUGCUUGUUUCAAUCAUUUGCCAACAAUUAAUUGGCUUUUUAUUUUUUUCUCUGACUGGGAAAAACGCAAAAUAACCUAAUACUAAUACUAAACAAACAUAAAAUAAAUAUUAGAUUAUGCUACAACUUCUCUGAAAAUGCUUUCAUCAUGUCAUUUUAUAGCACAACUCAUUGUUAAAGGGAAUACCUCUCAAGAGCAGAUGAAAUGAAACACAUAGAAUCUGUUUGUAGCCAGUUGUACUUGGGAUCAUUCACGGUUUGAUUCUGUUAGCUUUUUGUUUAUGGAUAUCACAAAAUUAUCUACAACUUAAUGUUUUUCUUAACUAUGAGUUCAUCGUGUUGGCGAGCCUCGCUUUUCCAUCACAUUCAUGACCAUUCAUACUGUACAUGUGUCCCCAUUAUGGCUUUCGGUGAAGCAAUAUUUCACAUCUCUUAAGCCUUCUCAAGAUGUAUGCUUUUGAAGAGUUCUGAUAUGUAUUUUGAAUAUUCCAAAUGCAGGACAUUUUGUGAAUUUUUGAUAUACGUAUAUGAAUGAUUUUUAUUUUCACUGCCAUGACAAAGAUCUGUGAUCUUCUCUCCUCUGCAGAUUGUAUCGAUGGUGAAAAAAUGAGCCACAUUUUUGUUUUCCUUUGUAUAAUACUGCAAUUGUUUUUUGUGCUGUAUUCCUCCUACACAGUGUAAAGUUUUAUUGUUGUUAUAUUAUUACUAUUAUCGCUGAGUUGACUGCUUAGAAACAAAAAUGCAGAUUUCUUAUGGAAACCGAUAGCCUUGAAUCUAUAGAAUUUUUAUGCUAAAAAAAAGAGAAUGUAUAGACAAUCUUGUCACAAUCAGAAGCUCCUCAAAGCGCUGAUCUCCAGUGGACAUUUUCCGAAGAAAUCAUGGUUUUCAAUUGUACACUUUUUAUCCUGUUUGAGCCCUCUCUCCAUUGACUUUUUAUGUUAAAGGCAUGCAGGUUGAAAUAAGCAAAGUGUGAGCGUGUCAGGCCUUGAGGUGAUGUCUGCCACCACAUGACGGGCCGCACAAACACUCCCGACUGUACGCACAUAUAAACUAACAUGUUAAAUCACAAUCUUUUAGUAUUCCCCCUUACUACUUUGUCCUUUUUAAAGUAUACAUAUUUGUGCUUGCACUUUAGAUUCUUUUCUUUAUUUUUUUAAAGAAAUAUCACAUCGCUGUAAAGCAUGUUAAGUUUGUAGGUCACGGUAUUGUAGCUCAUUUUUGUUAAUACGAAUAGUUUUUGCAUUCAUAUAUUUGCUGCAAUAAUGGGAGCACAGAGGAAAUUAGGGAUCACACAUUAAAGUAAGCUGUUCCUUGUCCCAUAUUUGUGUUUGUACUGUAAUAAGAGCUUGGUUAGUUUUAACAUCAUAUUACUUAUUUGCCUUGUCUCAGGAUUGUGGAAAUUUUGUAGCUCGGAACGACUUUGUUGAACGUGUAGGACUCGGCACCAACGUACUGAUUUGAAUGACUAAAAACUGCACCGUGGAAUGAUUAAGUAUUAAAUGUACUCCUAAGUGAUGUGAUUUUACAGCAGCAAGUUAUUUAUACAAUUUGUGCUGUAUGUAUAAGGGAAACCAUACUGUUUUUGUAUAUAGGUGGGAAAUCUGAUUGUGAAUUUCAACUGAAAAAGACCUGACCCAGAAUGAAAUGUAUCGAGCCACAGGAACCCCUCAUGCAGUUGUGUUUGUUUAUUUUAAACAGAAAUCUCCAUGUGAAGGUCUAAAGGAUGAUAUUAUAUUUCAUCAGCAAGUCAAAUAUGUACAUUUAUAUAUAAAUAUAUAUUCACAUUUAGAACAAUUUGGAAUUGGGGCUGUAUGAAAAUACCGGGUCCCCUUCUUUUCACACUUGUUUCACCUCCCCUUUAUUUCAAAUACCUCUGUAGAGGUGAAUCUCAUUUUUGUACUUGCUAUCAAUCUGAUAAAAUGUAAACCUGCGAGAGAUGAACUUGUAUUUAUGCUACUGCUGCCUGCUUACCACAGUUUGUCCAGCAGCGAGCCUAAGACGAAAGACUUGUGUACUCUUUCAGAGCGAUAGUGUCUUUCCGAUGGCUUCGUGUCUGCCGACCAAAAAACUGAACUGUUUUCUCUGUAGCUUUACUUCCUGUCUUUUUCUAUACUCAACAGGUUUUAUUUUAUUAAUGCAUUUUGAUGAUGAAGAGUCAUUACUGCAAGCUACUUUGAAUUUGUCUGUUCAGGACUGCUAUGAUAUAACUUGUUAAUGUGACUCUUGGAUUGAAUUAAAAAAUGAAAUGUUAACACACA